CACAUGUCCCGCCGUCAUCCUUCGGCGGAAUCAAAAAUAAAAUGCGAGUUAUGCGAGAAGCGAGUUAACCGGAACAGACUGAGGAGACAUGUUGCCAUUGCCCAUGGUACGAGCGCAUUGCGAUGCGGGUAUUGCAAAUCGGAGUACGACAGCAAAGAAGUCCUUAUAGAACAUGUUGUUACGUGCACGGCGAAGAAGAAAACUCGAAAAAUUUGUGAAUCGAGCCGCGAGCUUCAAGAGUGUGACAUUUGUCACAAACGAAUGCAAAAAGCUAGUUUGCGUAUGCAUAAAGCUGUGACACACGCCGGAUUGAGGCCUCACUGUGGCCGCAAUUUCGGAAACAAUUACCGUCUAAAUGAGCACUGUAGAGCAAAGCACGGAUAUGAAAAACUGAAAUGUUCGUAUUGCGAUUUUGAAAGCGCCGGCGUUAUGGCUUUGAGGAACCAUGAGCGACGGCACCGCAACGAGAAACCAUUUGUAUGCGAAACGUGCGGUGCUAAAUUCCACGCUGCGUACUUGCUUGCACAACACAAGAAAUCGCAUCGGACUGAGAAGCUUAUCAAAUGCAAUCUCUGUCCUGCUACGUUUAAAGCGAACAACAGCCUGCACACGCAUAAGCUCUCCUGCCAUAGCAAUUACCUGUACAAAUGCCACUUGUGCUCGCGUGUGUACAGUUCACGUCAUUACGCGGUUAAACAUUUGCGGCAUGUACACGAUUACAAAGGACCUGUUCCGCAGUUACAAAAAGUCCCAAAUGAGGUCAUCAUACCUUAGACACUGACUUCAAAUAAGAAGUUUUAUUAAAUAACUUGUUAAUUUACUUUUUCAUCACAUUUGCUCGUAAAUGGUAUGAUGUCAUGGUGGUUAAGUUGACUGUAAUGCCCCAAAUAAAACCCACGGGUCUUUUUUCUUUCCAUUAGAGCCAUGGAGUUUUUUUAAUUUGUAGCACGACAUACUUCCUUACACCGGUCAGGUUCAAACUCAAGCAAGCAGGUUGCGUAAGUUCAAUUUUAAAACAUUCGCUAAAAAUGUUGCCUAAAUAAAAAAUGAAAUUGCAGUUCAGCCACAUAGUGCUUAAGUACUUAUCGUCAAGAAUUUCUUAUAAUUGAUUAUUGAUUUUCUGUAUAAAAAUUUAGCAAACUUCUUUUACAAUCCGUCAUGGCUGUAUGCGUGUUUGCCUUUGUCAACACUUUAGUUCGAGUUUUAAAAAUGUUUUUAAAUUCUUUCAUAGAUAAUAAUCUAUGGAAGAAUUUAAAAAAAAAGAACAAAUAUUCCGCCAUUUGCCAAAUCAAUAAUUGUUGUGUCGUGAACCAUAUUUCUGUGGCUCUAGGAGACGCGAGUCUGAAUUUGUGUAUCUAGUUUUCACUAGAUACACAGAUUUAUAUCUUCGCAAGUGUGAUGAAAAACAUUGUAAAUGUAUCAUGGACGGUAAAGAAAUACAAAACUCGAGUUAUUGAAGCCCUCAGUGUUUGGCUUCGGGCUUCUAAGAGACCCU